GAGUCUGGCUAAUGUGUGGGCAGUGUAAAGGGCGCAGCAGAACAGCAGCAUCAAUAACGCAUUACGUAGAUUCAAACUAUGGCGAAUGCGUAUAGACAUAAUAUGCAUUCAGAAAAUGUUGUUCAUCCAAAAUCUGACACUAACUGACCCUCGAGUUUGGCUUCCUGGUGUAUGUAAGAGAGCAAAUAGGAAACUUUCAUGAACUUAUUUGAAAUGUUAUUUAAUGGGGAACUGUGGUUCUUAUAUCUUAUAUCCUGAACCUCACUAUUCCAUUAAUACUACAGAGGUAGCAGGAUGGAUCCUAUGUCUCCUGAGAUCCAUGGCUGGUCUGUUCUCCAGAAGCUUAAUGAACAAAAAUCUAUGGGUCUUUUUUGUGAUGUGUCUUUGAUGGUGGAAGGUAAAAUCUUCUUGGCUCACAAAAAUGUCCUUUCUGCUUGCAGUGAGUAUUUCUAUGCAGCACUAAGCAGAAAUGAGCAACAACAGUUCUUGGUGCUUGAUAAUGUUCGCCUGGAGGGAUUCAGUCACCUUUUGGAUUUCAUAUACUCUUACAAAAUCCCUACUUGCCAUGUACAAGACUUUAUGCAGGCUGCACAAGUAUUGCAAGUCAGCCUGCCUCUUACUGUGCAAGUGGUUAAUGUUUCGAGUAGCCCUCAGAUUAGUAAUGCUAAGGAGGACAUUUCCAUUCAAGAGGAAGAUUUUGAUGUACAAAACAGAGGCUCAGAACGUAGAGAGGUUGAAAGCCAACAGCUGAGGCGAGGUAGGGAUGAAAAUAUACCAAAUGUUAACACUGUCAUGUACAGUGAAAGGAGAAGAUUUGAUACUGUUGCCCAAGUGAAAGAGAAAGCCAAGAUGUUCCGAAGACCUACCUUUAAUAAAGACAAUUUUGUUGCCAGGAACCCUAACUUAUUUGUGCAUAAAUCAAUUGCUAGAAGUGGACUUAUGGGAAGUCCUGUGGAUGAAACUAGAGAAGCAUCGUUCCUUAACCCAAGCUUUGCAAGGCAAUUGCCUAUUACUAUACACAAUGAUGGAUCAUCAGAGGAAGCCGAUGAUGAAAAUGGUGAUAUGUGCAUCAAUUUAUGUGACGAGCCAGACACCCCUGAUAGCUUAGAGCCUCUUACUCUUAAUGACUUGUCAAAACAUAGGGAAUCCGUGUCCCCCAAAAUUUAUUCAACAAUAGUUGGUCUUGAGCGGAGUGAAGUUGUUGAGAGAGUAAAUGGUGAUGCAGAUGUUGUCCAUAAAUGUGACAGGUGUGAACUUUUAUUAACUUAUUCAGAGUUUCUUAAUCAUCAGGACGAUCCAGGGAUUAAUCUACUUCAGUGUGAAUUCUGUGACAAACAGUUCAACUACAGUUGCCAGCUUUCUUUGCAUAUGUCAAGCCACCAUGACAAGAAAUUCUACCAGUGUGACCAGUGUGGUAAGGAGCUGAGCACCCUGAAGAAGUUACAUGACCACAUUGCAUACCACUCGGAUGCAAGACCACACAAAUGCCGUCUGUGUGACAAAGCAUACAAAGUGAAAAAUGAUCUUACACAGCAUAUCCGAGUGAAACAUUUGGAAGCAUCUAACGGCAAGCCACCAUUGCUCCAGCUUUGUGAGUUUUGUGGGCAAGCUGUAAAGCAUUACAAGAGCCACAAAAUCUUUUGCAGUGGGAUUAAGAAAUUCAAGUGUGAUUUCUGUGUGCAGUCAUUUCAUCGUAUAUCGGAACUGAAGAGGCACACAUGGACACAUACUGGAGAACUCCCAUAUCGUUGCAAAAUUUGUGGGAAAGGAUGUCGACACCCAAGUAAUAUGAAGAAACACAUCCGGACAGUACACAAAGCCGAUAUGCGGGUACAGAUCAACAGAGAGCAUGCAUCUCCAAGGUUCUGCAAGAACAGAAGGCCCCCAACAAAAUUACCAGGCCAGAUUCUGCCGCAAACAUUGCCUACAGACCUUUCAGUCAUGCAGUCAGUAGUCGGAAUUGCUUCUGACCAAGUUAAUCAGACGGACUCUUCGGUGCCUUCUGUUUCUCUAGGCUACAUUUCCAUCUCUUCAAUGGCUGAAAACACUGGAAAUGAUUUCGGCUUGUUUUCCACUCAGAGCAUUUCUGCUGAGCCAACUAGGCCUUUGUAACAGAAACAAAUGAAUAUACUUUGAACGCACUUCAUGUUGUCACAGAUCUUACAAAGAUAACAUUUAUCUGGUGGAUCACAUUAAGGAUCCAAAAGGAUCAGUUCUGUUACACAAAAAUAAAUGUCAAUAGUAAGUUUGGUACAGAAUCACUUCUCCUGAAGAUCAGUGGUUGCAAUGUGUUGAUUAACUUUAACAGCAAUUGCUAUCAGUGACUGGAUGUAAAAAAUAAUAUGAAGCUGAUAAUCAAGAGACUGGUACACUUUAUUUAAGAUGCUUCUCCUCGGAACUCUCCAUUUAAAUAUUUGUGGUCUAUAUGUGUAAUGGUCAAAGCAUUGACAUGGUGUUUACAGUUUAGGACUAUGGUACACAUAGGGGCAGAUUUAUCAAAAUGUGAGUUUUGAGGUUAAUACAUAUGUGGGUUAAUACACCCACAUUCUAUUCAUUCCUAUGGGAUUUUUAGAAGCAUAUUUAUCAAAUGGUGAGUUCUAACUUUCACCCAUUGCUAAAUACGAUUUAAAGAUCCCAUAGGAAUGAAUAGAACGUGGGUGAGUUUUUAUGUAUUAACCUCUAAACUCACAUUUUGAUAAAUCUGCCCCAUAGUGUUUUGACUAUUUCUACUGUACUUCUGUGUCUACUCAUAGCACUUUCUACUGUUAUUAAUGGAGAGGGGUCCAUAGCAUUUUGAUUGUUAUUAAUGCGGAUGAUACCGCCUGGUGUCCCACAUUCUUCAUCCACACCUGGCAAACUGGUCUUCCCUAAAAGUGUGUGGUUUUCUUUACACUCAGCUAAUAAAAUGUGUUGGGCUAUGCUUGGCCCACAAAGAGGAA